UAUACAUUUUUUAUUAUAAAUUCUUUGUUAAUUACUCUUAUAAUAUUAUAUUCUUUUGUUUGAAUUUAUUUGACGUAUUUUGACUCGGCACGAAGCUUAAGAAGUAUUGAAGAUUUUAGAAUGUUAUAAUUAUAAAUUAAAAUAUGUCAAGUGUAUCAAAAACAUUGUUUAAUCUUGUGGUAUUAGACAUGUCAUGUGGAUCUUUGUUUUACUUUUUUUGUAUAGUGAAGUUUGCUGUUGUUUUCUUGCUUGCUGACCUGUUAAAUUUAUAACAUUUGUUUAUUUAUAUGUGUGAUUUAUGUGUACAUUAUGUUUCAAGAAUGUAAAUUUAUUUAAAAAACUACAUUUUUAUGUAACUUCUUUGUUAAUUAUAUUAUAUUUUGAUAAUCGUGGUGUACGAGUUAGCUUUCGCACCUCAAUUAAAUCCACUGUAUAUCUUUGUUUUACUUCUGUUAUAUGUAGUAGUGAAAUUGGCUGUUGUUUUCUUGUUUGCUGACCUGUUAAAUUAAUAGCAUUUGGUUAUUUAUAUGUGAGAUUUAUGUGUACAUUAUGUUUCAAGAAUGUUUGUUUAUUUAAGGAAAAAUUAACUUUUUUAAGUAGUGUUUAUUUGAUGAUUGAUUUACUACAGUUCAUAUCUUGUCAGCAAUCCGCGUUUCUUUAAUUUUUUGUGUAUUAAAUUUGUUAACUUGAAGUGAAAUUCUCUCUCUGUGGUCAUUAUCAGAUCUGCAUUUUGGCUUAGUUUGUGGGGGAAAACAUAGUAUGUUAAAAAAACUUUUGUCUUUACAAGGUGCUUUUUGUGGUUGAAUUCCGCGAUCAAGUUUGAAGCUUUGGGAGAGUUCUUUCUUGGAAAUGAAAUUGUUUGGAGGUUCUUGAAGUUUCAUGUUGUUUGUGUGUUUGUUCUGGUGUUUUUGUUACGCGUGAUUGGAUUUCGGGAUCAAGUUUGAAACUUUGGGGAGUUCUUAUUUGGGAAUGUUUAUUGGACCGAAUAGAAGGAUUUUGUGGAGUAUUUUUGGUGAUGAGCUGAGAUGUGAAAAAAGGAAGCGAUCUCAAGAUUAAAAGAAAAGGAGAACGGGGAAGUUCAUAUUCUCCAGAUUUGACUAUAACAAGGUAUACGUCCCCGAUUAGUUGAUAGGAGGAGAAAUGGGGUCAAGGGAAGAGAGGCAUAGGUUGAAUCACGAUCUAGUACCGUUAGCAGCACUGAUUAGCAGAGAACUACGGAAUGAGAAAAUGGAGAAGCCAACUAUCAGAUACGGAUGUGCAGCUCAGUCCAAGAAAGGCGAAGAUUAUUUUCUAAUGAGGACAGACUGCCAGAGGGUUCAAGGCAAUCCUUCAUCCUCCUUCUCCGUGUUUGCGAUCUUUGACGGACAUAAUGGUACAGCGGCCGCAGUGUUCUCAAAGGAUCAUUUACUAAAUCACGUUUUGAGUGCCAUUCCUCGUGGACUUGGAAGGGAUGAGUGGCUUCAUGCUUUGCCUCGUGCACUAGUUGCAGGGUUUGUAAAAACCGAUAAGGAGUUCCAGAGAAAAGGACAAACGUCUGGAACCACAGCUACAUUCGUGAUAGUUGAUGGAUGGACUGUGACAGUUGCGUCUGUUGGAGAUUCCCGCUGCAUUUUGGAAACUCAGGGUGGUGCUGUUUCGGAAUUAACUGUAGACCAUAGGCUUGAGGAAAACGCGGAGGAAAGGGAGCGUGUCACAGCAAGUGGAGGUGAAGUAGGAAGGCUUAGCAUCUGCGGUGGUACUGAGAUUGGUCCUCUUCGAUGUUGGCCAGGAGGUUUAUGCCUUUCAAGAUCAAUCGGAGAUAUGGAUGUAGGGGAAUUCAUUGUUCCAAUACCAUAUGUCAAACAAGUGAAACUAUCAACUGGAGGUGGAAGGCUGAUCAUUGCGUCUGAUGGAAUUUGGGAUGCCGUAUCAUCAGACAUGGCUGCUAAGUCUUGUCGUGGCUUGCCUGCCGAGCUUGCUGCUAGACAAGUUGUGAAGGAAGCUUUGAGGACGCGAGGGUUGAAGGAUGACACAACAUGCAUAGUAGUUGACAUAAUACCUCCCGAUAAUACUGUACAGCCUGCAACUCCGCCGAAGAAGUAUAACAAGCUCCAAUCCCUUUUCUUCAGAAGAAAGUCACCGAAAUCUGCUGCCAAACAAUCGAAAAAGCUGUCAGCUGUAGGCAUUGUAGAGGAACUGUUUGAAGAAGGCUCAGCAAUGCUUGCCGAAAGAUUAGGGAGUGAGGAUUCAAACGGUGCAUCAAUGUCCGGUCUCUUCAUCUGUGCCGUUUGCCAAGUUGACAUUGCUGCAACCGAAGGCAUAUCAGUACAUGCUGGUUCAAUUUUCUCGACGAGUUCAAAGCCUUGGCAAGGUCCAUUUCUAUGUGCUGACUGCUGCGACAAGAAGGAUGCCAUGGAAGGAAAACGACCAAGUGGAGUUAAAGUCACUUAACUCGUGCAUCAUUGCCAAGUGUGUCUACAAUUUUGCUAUAGUAAUUCUUUCUGAUAUCUGCCUCAUAUCUUAGUUAAAAGUGAUUUAUCGAACAUUGGCAUCGAAGCUUAUUAUAUGUCAUCCAAUAAUGUAAAUAGGUUCUAUCAAAUGAAAAAAAAGUGUGAUAGUAGUUAUGAGAUUAAUCUAAGAGAUUAUAUUUGCACAAGAACUACUUAUUUUGUACUUAAUGAAGGAAAAUGUGUUGAAAUAUAAGUUGAUACUGAAGCAAAUUUAGUCAAUGAAUUCAAUUUUUGCCUUUUUA